AUGGCGGUGAGCAUCGCCUGCCGCAUCGUGGGCAUGGGCCUGGCGGUGGCGGCGGCGGUGCUCAUGUCCACGGCGAGCCAGUGCACCAUCUACGCCGCCUACGGCGCGCGCCCCCGCACCGUGACAUACAGCGACUACCCGCCCUUCGUCUACCUCGUCGGCGCCGCCGCCAUCGCCGCGUUCCUCGAGGCCAUCGCCAUCGUCCUGUGCGUGUGGAAGAAGGGCAAGGGCAAGAAGGCCAAGGUGCUCAUGCCUCUGCUCGCCGCCGCCGUGCCGGCGCUGCUCUACUCCGCCACGGGGGCCGCGUUCGCCGCCGGCGCCGACAUGUCCUACUGCUCCGCGUACGGCAAGCGCGUCAGCGUCUGCACGGGGAGCGCCGCCGGCAGCAGCAGCAACUUCUGCAGCCAGGUGCACAUCGCCGUCUACCUCUCGCUGGCGGCGGCGAUCGUCGUCUCCGCCGCCGAGGUGGUGAGGGCCUUGGGAGGGUCGGGGUCCGAUGGCGGAUCGGACUCGGACUCCAGCUCCAGCUCCGAGUCCGGUGGCUGUGACCAUGGCUGCCACCACAAGCAUUAG